AUGCCGUCGACUAGUUUGGCGGCGGCUGCCUGUCCCGUCGCCCGCGCCCAGGGUUUGAUGGGCCGAUGGAAGGCGCUACUGCUGGGCCAGUCAAUAUCCAUCAAACCACAGUCACGUUCGGCCAUUAGGCAUCUGUCCAUCGAGGAUAUUACCGUUCCGCCGUCGUGGCUUGGCGGCACCACCUUUCCCACGGUUCUUCUCCUUCCUAAGCCGCAGAAUGACGAUGCCAGCGCGCGGCAAUUACCCAUCUAUCUAGCUCUGGGCCAGCAGUCGGUUCCAUUUCUCGACCCCUUGACCGGUCUCACUUUCUCCAAAUACGAGAAUGAGCUUGGGGUGUCCUUCAGUAUUGCCCUGCCUGAUAACAUUGCUUCAGGGGCACCCUAUGAUGCCGUUCUCCAGACGGUUGCCCGCAAGGACAUCGGCUGGGUUGCCCUGGCCUGGGGAGGCUCCAUGACCUACAACCCGAUUGCGCUGGCCUGGCCCCACGGAGACGAAGUUGUUCUGACAUCUCGGAUCGCAUUUGGCUAUUAUGUUCCUCCUAUCUACAAGGCCGCCAAAUAUCAGAUCCUUCCCAAGGGCACUUUCGUCAACGCAACUCACUUCCAGGUCACUGCCAAGUGCAGCGGAUGUACCAGCUGGGGCGACGACGACAUUGGCGUCACCUACCUGAACCCCAAGGAGGACCAAUACCUUGCCUUUGCCUACUCGUCCGCCCCUGUGGAAGAGCCUGCAAACCCAGAGAGCGGCUUCAGCAUGCACGACACGACGGGCCAUUGGGUCCACAGCUUCGCACAGGGCGUGAAUCCAGACUUUGAGCAGUUGCUGUCAAAAAACCUUGAAGGGACCGGACCCGGCGAGGGCAGCAGCCCCGGUCCCUCUGCAACUAGCUCCGCGCCUGUGGCUCCGACUUCGUCUCUAGCGGCUCCGCCAAUGGCCUCUACGGCUGUAGGGCUCCCGUUUCCGACUUUCUGCGGCUCUGUUCCUACCCGUCGGUUUCCCUAUUCCCUGGCCCCUGGCUGGAAGGCCACAAAGAUAUCCGGGAAUCUCAUGAACCCUCGGGGACUCGCGUUCGACCCGCUCGGCAACUUGCUUGUGAUUCAGUCUGGCUACGGAAUUAGCGUUCACACAUUCGGCGCCGACGGCUGCAUGAAUGGCACCCAAGGCUUAAUUCUAAUCCCCGGACUAAAUCACGGCCUAGCAGUAACUCCGGACGGGAAGCACUUGUAUGCUUCGUCCAUGACCACGGUCUGGAGAUGGGACUACGACGCCAACACUCGCACUGUGAGCAACCAGGUGGUCGUGAUCAAGGGCAUGAACAACGGCGGGCACUCGACCCGCGCUCUUUGGCUAGCUCCCAAGAACCCAGACAUCAUUCUAGUUCAAGUUGGGUCCAACUCCAACUGGGAUCACGCGUCCGGAAACCCGGCUGAGGGCCGCUCUGAUAUAAGGGCCUUUGACCUGGGAAAAACACCCACAGGCGGUUACAACUACGUUGGCGGGGGUUUUCAAAUGGGCUAUGGGAUGAGAAACGCCGUUGGUGUUGCUUUUGACCCCAACGGCGAUGCCUGGGAGGUGGAAAACAGCGGAGAUAGCUUUGCGCGCACCGUUAACGGUGUCAGCACGGAUAUCCACCACGAGAACCCAGCAGAGGAGCUCAAUUACUUGGGCGAUCCAACCAAGCCAAACAACCAGUGGUAUGGCUACCCGACGUGCUUCACUGUUUGGGACCCUUCGGUCUUCCGCGACAGAACAGACUUCAAGACGGGCGACCAAUUCGUCGUAGCGCCAAACUCGACCUUCAACGACGCACACUGCAGUGGAAAGGCAGUGGCACCCACACUGUCGUUCCAGGCGCACUCGGCACCCAUCAGCGGCCUCUUUGACGAUGUGGGCGACAACAUGUACGUGACCUUCCACGGCUCGUGGAACCGCCAGCCAGCCACGGGUUACAAGCUCGUUCGGAUUCCAUUCAAAAAGGAUGGGGCACAGUAUAAGCCGGUGGCACCUCCCGACUCCAACAAGGGCUACGAGGACAUCAUGUGGAGCACCGACGUUGAAAGGUGCUCUGGCAACACAUGUUUACGCCCGGCUGGUCUGGUCUGGGAUAACACGAGGUCGAGGAUCUUUAUGGGGAGCGACAAUAGCCGGGAGGGUGAGCUUUUUGUCAUUGCGCACGAAAGCUUUUAGUACUGGUGGUUACUACAAACACGUAUUACUAGACCGUCUGUUUCUGGAUAGAUAGUAUACGAGUUUCUAUGGGAAGUGAGCACAAGACAACAUGUGGUUUGCCAACCGCUGCGCACACAUAUCGUGUCUACCCAAGAUCAGUGACUCCAGCUCACUCGGCAGC